AUGAUGUCGCCUCUAAUCAUCAGACGGCAAUUUUCCGUCACCAGCAUUUUGAAGUCACAUAUAGGCUCUUCUCCUGUGUAUUUGACGCCCAAGACCACCAUAACGCAGACGGCACUUUCACUUCCUAAAAUCGUUGUAAAGGGCAAAAAGGUCAUGAAGUUUUCUAAUAGCUUGACUGUUGAAGGACCAUUAGGAUCAAUCACCAUGGAUAUUCCAGACUGCAUCAAAAUAGAUCACGACAAAAGCACAGGCAGAGUCGACGUCAAUAUCCUCGACACGAAAGAUAAGAUGCAAAAAGCCAUGUGGGGUACCAUCAGAUCUCACUUGAACAGCCAUGUACUGGGUGUCAAUGAGGGUCAUAUAGCGACUUUGAAGCUAGUUGGUACAGGUUACAGAGCACAACUGGAAAAAGAUGGUAAAUUUGUCAGUUUAAAAGUUGGUGCCUCGAUCAUGCAGGGAUUACCUGUUCCGGAAGGCAUAACUGUCAGAUCCCCAGCUCCUACAUCAUUAAUUAUCGAGGGCUGCCACAAACAGCAGGUCAACCUUUUUGCCGCUAACUUGAGGAAGUUCCAUCCACCUGAACCAUACAAGGGUAAAGGGAUAUAUGUUAACGACGAAACGAUAAAGUUGAAGGACAAGAAGAUUAAAUGA